AUGAAGAAGACGAUCGAUUAUUACGAAGUUGAACCGACAGUGAAGGAAGCGCUGGGCGAGUGCGUUCCAAGCCGACAUGAUUCACUUCGGUUUGCCAAGUCUUUGUUUCCUUGCUCGAAUUGGUUGCCGAGAUACAACUGGCGGUGGCUGUUGGGUGAUAGUAUUGCUGGUUUGACCGUUGGGUUGGUCGUUAUUCCUCAAGCCAUGGCGUAUGCUCUUCUUGCUACGCUACCGCCAGACUUUGGGCUGUAUACUUCUUUUGCUGGUGCGGCAACGUACUGGUUGUUUGGAACAUCGAAAGACAUUGUCAUUGGAACCACCGCUGUCGGUUCCCUUCUCGUUGGAGAAGUCAUCUCCCACGUCCACGAAUCACGACCAGAUACAUACACAAGUGCUGAGAUCGCCGGCACGUUGUCAUUCAUGACUGGUAUUAUUCUCUUUGCAAUGGGCCUAUUUCGUCUUGGAUGGCUCGUCGAAGUCAUCCCCUACAUCCCAGUGUCAGCCUUCAUCACAGCAGCCAGCAUCUCCAUCAUGUGUACUCAGCUCCCUGUAUUGCUGGGCAUCCACGGCGUCAAUACACGUGAAGAGCCUUACAAAGUGUUCAUAUCGACAAUGAAGAACCUGGGCGGCACCAAGUUGGACGCUGCUAUCGGUAUCACUUGUCUUGUUCUACUGGAAUUAGCGAAGUUUGUCUUUGCCAAGUUGGAGGCUCGUCAACCUGCGCGAAAGAAGAUGUGGUCAAUCAUGUCUUCCCUGCGCCUCACCUUCGCCAUGCUAUUAUAUACACUGGUGAGCUUCCUGGUCAACCGCAACUUGAAGGAAGCUGAGAGCAAGUUCCGAAUUGUGGGACACAUCAACCAAGGUUUCGUCCACGCUGGCCUUCCUGAUUUAAAGCCUGAUCUCAUUGGCGUUGUUCUCCCUCAAAGCCCCAUCAUCAUUAUCAUCCUCAUCGUCGAGCAUAUCGCUAUCGCCAAAAGCUUUGGUAAGAAGCACGGAUACGAGGUUGCCCCAUCGCAAGAGAUCAUGGCUCAAGGUACAGCAAAUAUCAUCGGGCCAUUUCUGGGUGGUUACUCAUGCACGGGGUCAUUUGGCGCCUCGGCUGUUCUGUCGAAGGCUGGUGUCAAGACGCCCAUGGCUGGUCUCUUCAGCGCCUUCAUGCUACUUCUUGCGCUUUACGCUCUUACGGGAGUGUUUUACUUCAUUCCACGAGCCGCUUUGGCUGGUCUGAUUAUCCAUGCUGUUUCGAAUCUCGUUGCUUCUCCGUCUACAGUGAUGAAGUAUUGGCGACUGUCGCCUUUCGAGUUCUUCAUCUGGGUGGCUGGAGUUGUGAUAGCAUUAUUUACUGGACUCGAAACAGGUAUCUAUGUCACCACUGGUCUCUCAUUUUUACUUCUUCUCGUUCGCAUUGCGCGCACCAGCGGCGAGUUCCUGGGUCGGGUCACUGUCCAGCAGAUUGAUCCAAGCGAUUACGAGCAAUCAUUGUCUGCGAAUGCGCGCGAGAAGGCACCAUCGUGUGAGAUUUACUUGAGUCUUUCUCGAAAAGACGCUUCAAACAAAGACAUCCCAGUCGAAAGCCCCCACCCAGGCAUCUUGAUCUACCAUUUCCCUGAAGGCCUCAAUUAUCUCAACCAAGCAAUGCACUUCAAGACGUUGACAGAUUACGUGUACACUCACACAAAACGGGCGACCGAGGAGCCGGAGUGCGACAAGUCGGAGGCUCUGUGGUGUGACAAACCUGCCGUGUACAAAGGAGAUACAGAGCUGCCCGUGUUACGAGCAGUCGUGAUCGACUGUUCAACAAUUCACAAUAUUGACAUCACCAGUGUUCAGGGCCUGGUUGAUGUGAGAAAUGCGCUAGAUCGAUGGGCGAGCCCAUAUUCAAUCGAAUGGCAUUUUGGCGGACUGCGAAAUCGAUGGGCGAGACGAGCUUUGACAGCCGUUGGGUUUGGUCAAAGAGCGACAGAGAAUGGUCAUGCGAUUGGAAGCUGGACUUCAAUUCUACCAUUGGCAAGAUCAUUUGACGAGGCGCACGAAAAUAGAAGACGACAGAGCAGCACAGACGACGAAAGCAUGAUCGGCACGCGAACAAGCACAGAAAUCGAAUCGUCAUCACCUGCUACACCAGCAGAAAAACAAGGUCUCAGACCGGUUUUCCCGACCGACAGGCCCUUCUUCCACGCCGAUCUUGACGAAGCGGUGACAGCCGCGUUGGCCAAUGCAAGGAGAAGCGAGUGCCGUUCUGGUGCCAUCUUCGGCACAGGCCUCACUCUCUCAGGCGUAGCAAAUCCGCAGGUCAUAAAGAAUCAGUUCCGCCUCUCCGACUUUCACAUGCUCGCCACAUUCCUCACCGCAUCCGCAACCAGCGCCGCAAUCUUCACCCUCUACAACUCCAAAUCCACCAAGAUUCCCGCCCGAUCAGCAAGUUCGCACGCGUGGCUGGGCCCGUACGACGGUAACAUCAUUGGUGGUGCCAUGCUAGGUCUGGGGAUAAGCUUAACGGGUGCUUGUCCCGGGACGGUCCUCGUGCAGGCCACGGCGGGUAUUGGCGCCAGUCGGUUGCUCGCAUGUACGUCGCUCCUUGCGGGCGUUAUCUGGGUGCGGUGUAAGCCGUACAUAGUCAAGCCGCCGACGAGCCGUGCUCGGAAUACAUCGGUUAUGGAUGUUACCGGGUUGUCUGCAGGCAAGGUUCUCGUCGGGUAUGAGAUAACGAUGCUUGCGAUACUCGCCGGAAUCUUAUACAUUGCCCCGAGAAGUGUUACCAUGCUGCAUCCGGUUGUCGGUGGCCUCCUCAUAGGCUUCGGACAGUUAUCGUCUGUUAUCUUGACCGAGAAGCCCGUUGGGGUCAGCGGUGCCUAUGAGGAGUUUGGAAAGUUCUUCUGGGAUAUUUUCGGUGGCAAGGGUAUACAAUCAGUCCCUCAAAACAUCCUUUUUGCGUGUGGAUUAAUGAUGGGAUCUUGGGCGACGUUAUCCAACUUUCCGGCCAUCCGGGAGGUCAUGGCACAAAGUGAACAGGCAUCACUGCCAAUGGUUCUGGUUGGCGGAGCUUUUCUAACGUUCGGCGCUCGCAUCGCUGGUGGAUGUACAAGUGGUCAUGGUAUCAGUGGUAUGGCCACGAUGGGAUUGAGCUCCUUUAUCAGUAUCGCUUCGAUGUUUGGUGCUGGGUUGGUGGCCGGAUUCCUGUUUGCUUAG